AUGAAAAGGUGUCGGCUACAUUUUGAGGAUCCCGCAUAUUACAUUUCAUAUGACCCUGACAAAUCAGAUAUUCGGAUUUAUUCCAUCAUUUCGGAAAUAAAUUCUAAAAAUCCGAAAUAUUUCGGAACUAAAAAUUGGAUUUCGCCCACAGCAUUAUCGAAGAUUAUAUUAGUCAAGACUACUUCAUCUGCGAGAUUCAGUAAAAAUACUCCAACCAACUUGAUCAAGAAGCAUAUAACAAUAUCAACUUAUUGA